UCAACGCAGAGGCUGUGAAGGUGGAGACAAACGCCUUGGUUAUAUCUCUUUGGACUGGGCACGUGUCUCAGGUUCGCAAGGCAGCGGCUGCAAUCGGAGAGGAAGUGACCUCGGCUCUUCUAACAAUGUCUGGACAAUCUGGAAUUCCAAUUCUAGAGGGCAACGAACUCGGUGAAUGGGCCAAAUGGACGCUAUGCAAUCAACUACUAAGGCUGAGACCGUCAAGGGAGCUUCGUGAAACUCUCACCUUGGCCAGGGACUUGCCAACUUGGAGGGACUUUGGAAACUAUAGCUUGGAGAUGCUCAAUGGUGUUAUCAGGAGCGUGGCGGAAAAGGACUACACAUACCAGGCAGCUCUGGCUGAGCUGACUGGCUACCUUGUUCAGGCACCCAGCAGUAGGCAGAACAUAUACUGGGCCAUGGUUAAGCUGCUACCAAAGCUGAGAGAGUCAUACUACUCCCGUUCAAACCAGCAGGAAUGGCAGUCGGAUCUUGGAGGUAUGAUAUUUGAGGUGGGCGCUAUCCUUUACCACUACGGGUUCGUGGUCGACCAGAAUCUUCGUGACAGCAUCUUUGGGAUCGGUGAGCGACUCGGUGUCUUAGCCGCUGGACCCGAAAAGAAGUAACCAACCGGAAUGCAAGGGACGCUGUCAUUGGGAGUGAUGACGUUUCUUUGGCGCUGCGAAAUAAAGGUGUUUUGCAAAUUGA